AUGCGCUAUUUGGUGGAGCUGGGCUCUCCCGAAAGUGCCUAUCACACGUUAUUCUGUUGUUCUCAUAUCAUCAUUGCUUCUUUCAUUUUUCUGGUGAGAAAAGUUUAUGAAAUGUUAGGAAAAUGUAAACAUUUUAGAUAAUUGAUGCAACAUUAACUCUAUGGCUGUUCCUUUUCGAACUUUUUGUGACAAAUGUGAGAUAGGAGGAGCGUCGGAAUUGAGAAAACUUUUUUUCAGUAUCAAGGCAUUCCGGAUCAAGUUUGGGUAGUGUUCCACGCGAUUUCUCUAAUAAGCAUUGCUUCCGGUGGAAUGGCUCUUUGUGUGAGUAUUAUUUUAACGGGGCUUUUUUCAAGCAAAAUAUUUUCCUUCAGGACUGGCCGUCAGCUGUAAUAGUGUAUGGUUGUAGAAUUUCUCUCAUUUUGGGUAUUACAAUUGUUCGAUUCAUGUAAGUCACACUAAAUUUGUUGCAGAGCAAUGCAGACCUAAGCUUCGGCGCUGUUUAGCGAAACUACAUAGUUUGUAAUCUAAGCAGCCCGAAUAAAAUUGGUGCUGCUUAGACUACAAGCUACAAAAAUGAGUAAAGCAGCACUAAGGUUUGGGUCUCUCCAAAACGAGCAAUAAAAGCCCUUCAGAAUUUCAAUCCGCGAGUUUUCAUCUUCGGAUGAACCGACCCUAUCGGAGCUUGCGAAUCUGUUCCAAAUCAUUCCGGUCGUCGUGUACACCGUCGGCGUGUUCCUCAUCAUGCGCUUGUUUUCCUAUUCGACCGGAAGAUAUCGGUAUAUACUUAUGCUUGUUUUGCAUUACAUCUCUCAUAUUCUCUUCUUCUUCUUCUCAUUUUUUAUUUUUCGUUGACUAGUGAGCAUGAUGGUGUUGUCCAAAAAAGACGUGAAGAGAAAUAAGAUAUUUUCGUGAGGCACAAAAAAAUGCACUUCUCAUAUUUCAGCGGAUAUUAUGACGUGGAUCUGGAAUUGCGGCAGGAAGUGAAAAGGUAUUGAUUGCGCCUGGUCGCCGGUCCUGAUUCUGACUUGCAAAUUGCAGGAAGUUUGCCGAGUUUGAGGCCUCGCUCGCCGACGCACCAGCUUCACAUAAAACGGAUUAG